ACAAAACACCACCAUGAACCUGUUUCAAAGGUGGCCAGAGCUGCAGCAGCACCGCGAUACCAGCAAGCUAGGGCAGCUGCAGUAUAAUUAUUAUGCCAGCUGGCUUAAGAUGUUAUAAAUAACGCACCAACUUAAACAUAUGCUCCAUCUUUCAAGGGCGCCAGGCGCGUGAUUCAGCUGUAGUACGUUCGACUUGUCGUAUACUUACAUGUUAUUCAAUACGCACGUUGCAUAAAGAUGCUGCGCCAUACACUGUGCUUCCUGUUGCUCGUGGGGAUGUUCGCCGUGGACGGCGUAUUUUCCAGGCAGUUGUCCGUUAAUUCUCGCAACCAGGUGAACUACAAAGGUGACGAUGAUUUUGACUAUCUGCUGUUCGUCCAGCGAUGGCCAGCGUCGGUGUGCGUAGACGGACACGUAACGGGAAGUGAAAAAUGCGCGUUUCCCUCUGGAAUGUCGCCAACGGACUGGAUCCUGCACGGUUUAUGGCCAUCAAAGUACAACUCCACCGGCCCGGAAGACUGCAGUAAAACCCCCUUCAAUCCCGAUCCAGUCCAGCCGAUCCUCCAGGACCUGGAGCAGUACUGGCCCAACCUGGAGACCAACACUCAACCGGACAGUUUCUGGGCGCACGAAUGGACCAAGCACGGCACCUGCGCACAGAGCCUGCCGUCGUUAGCCGGCGAAUUCAACUACUUCAACCGGCCCCUGCAGUUCCGCAAACAGUACAACCUCUACACCGCCCUGCAGGCGCAGAACAUCGCUCCCAGCGCCAGCAAGACCUACUCGCACGAUGAGGUAGUGACGGCGCUGCAGAAGGAAUUCAACGAGCCCAUCGGCGUGUACUGCACGUACAGCAAGGACACUAAGAAGCAUUACGUUGCCGAGAUCAGGUUCUGCAUGACCAAGGAUCUGGCGUUGAUGGCGUGCCCGGAAAGUGGGCAUCAUUUACGGGAGACGUCGUCGUGUCCCAAGGGGGAGAGUUUGUUUUAUCCACCGCUUCCGUCAACCGGCCGACAGGUGCCCAGUCGAAGUGCGAGCCGGCGAAAAAAUACCGGCAAACAGUGAUACCGGUUAAAACGUUUUCAUCGACACUUUCUGUGCUUAUUGUUGCUCCUGUUGAAGUGAUUAAUAAAAUUUACAAAGAAAACAG